GAUGAGAAGGCGGAUUAGCGACACUCUUCCUCCAGCCUGUAUCACUCCAUCCAUCCAUCCGUCGCUGUCGUCAGCUCGGCUCCCUUUGCAGGAACGUUAGCCCGGCCCAUGUAGGCUUGGAUCAUGGACUUUAACGUUAAAAAACUGGCGUCUGAUGCUGGCGUGUUCUUCACGCGCGCCGUUCAGUUCACAGAGGAGAAGCUGGGUCAAGCGGAGAAAACCGAACUGGAUGCUCAUCUGGAAAACCUGCUUGCUAGAGGAGACUGCACCAAGAACUGGACAGAGAAGAUCUUAAGGCAGACUGAGGUGCUGCUGCAGCCAAACCCUAGUGCCCGCAUUGAGGAGUUCUUCUAUGAGAAACUGGACAGAAAACUCCCAGCAAGAACAACCACUGGUGAGCUGCUGGGACAGUACAUGCAGGAUGCUGCUAAGGACUUUGGACCUGGGACUGCGUAUGGAAGUACUUUGUACACCGUAGGAGACUUUCAGAAGAGGCUAGGAAGUGCUGAGAGAGAGUUCUUACAAACAUCAGCUAUCAGCUUUCUCACUCCUCUCCGGAACUUUCUAGAGGGUGAUUGGAGAACCAUAUCGAAAGAAAGAAGGCUAUUGGAGAACCGGCGUCUUGACUUGGAUGUCUGCAAAGCACGCCUAAAGAAAGCCAAGCUGGCAGAAGCCAAGGCUGCUGCUGCACCUGAUUUUCAGGAGACUAGGCCACGCAAUUAUGUUCUGUCUGCCAGUGCAUCUGCGCUGUGGAGUGAAGAGGUGGACAAAGCAGAGCAGGAAUUGCGUGUGGCGCAGACUGAGUUUGACAGACAAGCAGAAGUAACCCGACUUCUCCUUGAAGGCAUCAGCAGUACACAUGUAAAUCAUCUGCGUUGCCUGCAUGAAUUUGUGGAAGCCCAGGCAGCUUACUAUGCCCAGUGUCACAAACACAUGCAGGACCUUCAGAAGGAGCUCAGUAGUACCAAUGGAGAUACGUUUCCCAAUGCCUUCGCUGCGAACCCCUCUGCAUCAGCGAUUUCCACUUCCUCUACUCUCUCCAGUGUUGCUGUGCCCGGGGUCUCCAACCCGGCUGCCUCCUCUAGCUCUCUGGACACACUGAAAAUCGAGGAGGUGCAGCCUCCAGCCACUGGUACACGCAAGGCCAAAGUGCUGUAUGACUACGACGCUGCAGACACAAGCGAACUCUCGCUGCUUGCUGAUGAGCUUAUUACAGUCUAUACCGUCCCAGGCAUGGAUCCAGACUGGCUGAUCGGAGAGCGGGGGAAUCAGAAAGGCAAAGUGCCGGUCACAUACCUGGAGCUGUUGAGCUAAAUGUGCAAACACAAACACACGCACAGACAGCUAGUUGCACACGGGGUGAUGUAAAAGCUUCCUUACAGACGCAGUUUCAAUGUAUUCCUGCUGUAGUCCGGUUUGUUGGGGUCAAAAUUUGUUUGUGGGAUUAUAAUGGAAAAUUUGCAUGAGCAAAACUAUUCAGAGCUACCAGACCUGACCAUUCUGUGACUUGGACAUGGAUAUUUUGUGUUAGCUAGGUUCAGCUUCAAUUCCUACCCCAUAAUUUUAUAAAGGUUUGAGAAGUCAGCUUACUAUGAGGAAUUUCAAAAGGAUAUGUUUAAUGAUGUCAGCUUCCAAGAUACAGCAAGAAUAUAGAUAUAGAAUGUAAAUACGAUGCAGAAACAUCCUACUUCUGUUCUGCUUCACAUGACACCUGUGUCUUGAUGCCCAUCAGAGAUAUUCUUGUGAUUAUUAUCGACACUGUAAUGAAUUCUCCGACUAUCUUGUUUUUCGUUACUUGUGUUUACUACAGAGGUUUAGAUAAGUCAAAUUAGAAAAAGAUAUGGUAUAUUAUUUCGAGAAUUUGUUUGGAUGCGUUAUACAGAAAUUAUAUGAUGAAUCACCCUUCACACCACUCCAUUAAAAAUAUUUAUGAAAGAAAUAAAAACACUAUGGAAUGUGCUGUAAAAUGAAAAUAAUCAAUGACCAUGAAGAUGAUUAUUUUCCUCUUACAGCAUGCUCAAAUAAUACCUCUUUAUACCACUGGCAUCAGUUAUACAUGUAUUUAUACCAUCUGACAACUACUAUUAUUUUUCCUGAUUUAGGUUUGAUACUCUAUAAUUGUAAUCAGUCUAUAACUGAUGUAAGUCUACAAAACAAUCUAGAUCAGAUUUAAACAGUUUUUAUUUUGAAGUUAAUAAGAAGCCACAAGUACACAAGUGCAGCAUGUUACUUAGAAACUGCAAUGCAACAUCCUUUAACUUCUGUCAGUUUCAAAGCACUGGCACUGGAGACUUCUUCCCUCAAUUUUUUGGUUUAUUAAAUAACAUAUUUAAAAUUUGAUUCCGAGGAGAAUCUGGAAUGAAUGAUUGAAUCAUUGUGACUAAUGAGAUUCAAUAAUUUGUCAAUUUGUCUGUGGUUCUUCCUCACAAUUUUUUUUUGGGAAUAUUUCAGAUUGAAGACUAAUUCACAAAGGAAAAUGCUAAUAGAUGGACAAUUGGACAAAUUUUUUAAUUUCCAUUCCGUAUCACAUGCAUUAUUACCUGAAAUUACCAAUGUCACAUAACCUGGAUAUUUAGUUACAUACCUUUAUGCUAAACCUCACUGAUGACAAAAUGUAAUCUGCGUGUAGACAUAAUUUGUUACACAAAUAACUGUCAAUUCUACAAAGUCUAAACAUUAACUCUUCCAAUUUGAUGUCUAAUUUAAACAUUCUGUUGAAAUAUUCUGCCUGUGUAACCUUAAAUCAUGUUUUUUUUCUUUCCUCAACCAUCCAACUAAACAAACUUAUUUAAAGAACGCUAACAAUAGCUUAUUUACAUCAUGUGAUGAAACUGGUAGUGUUUGUGCGUGUUUGUGUGCUUUUAUUUCAUUGCCUGAAAGUAGUUUUACAGUGGCAGAAACAAAACCGGUUUUGACGUUGACUGUCUAAGAAAGUGUCUUCGUUUGAAUUCAGUGUGACUCAACUUUGACAAAGAUACACAUUUGUGUGGUUUGUGGGACUAAAGUUUGUAAAUGUUUCUCAAAACGGGUCCAAUUAUAAUUAAUGUGAUAUUUAAUUUCCGUUCUCCAAUGACUUCCCUGUGAACACGUUACUCUGGCGUUUUACUAUUUUUUUCUUUCUUCAUCUGUGUAAUCGAUGCUUGUUUAAAAAAAAAAACACAAAAGCGAAAGACUGAAACUUGAAACUUGAACAUAAUAAAGAGAGCUUUAUCGAAA